UUAGUUUCUCAGCCACUGUUCGGUUUAGUAGUUAGAAAGCAUUAGAGCCACUUUUAACUCAUUUUACCCGCGUUUUAUAACUCCGAUCUAUCAGAUAAUCUUCCACGAUGCCUAGAAAUCAUAAUAGAAGCGAAUCAGAGAAUGUUUGUGUCGUCUGUUGCGAAGAUAUUGUAAUUUUCGCUGUUGGUCAGUGUGAUCAUCCCAUCUGUUAUGUGUGUUCAGUGAGGAUGAGAGUCUUGGGGAAGGAAAAAUACUGCGCUGUUUGUAGGACUGAUCUGGAUAAGGUUCUUCUUACAAAGAAAUGUGGAAAGUGGUCAACUCUCCAAGACCAAAUAAAACAUGGCUACUUGGACAGAGAAUCUGGUUUGUGUUAUGGUGAUAAAGAAGUUCGCAAUAAAGUCAAUGAGCUCCUUCAACACAAAUGUUCCAAAUGCUUGGAACAUCCACCAGAAAGAACGUUAAACAAACUCCGUGAUCAUAUGAAGAAGGAACAUCAUUUAUAUUUCUGUGAUAUUUGUCUUAAACAUCUCCAGAAGUUUACUCAUGAGUUGAAAGUUUACUCCCGUGCUGACUUAGCAAAACAUCGACGUGUGGGAGAUCCGAGUGAUACAGCGUAUAAGGGACAUCCGAUUUGUGAAUUUUGUGAUGAGCGCUUUCUUGAUGAUGAUUACCUUCAUCAUCAUCUCCGCAAGAAUCACUUUUGGUGUCAUAUAUGUGAGAAAGAUGGGAAACAGUUGUAUUUCCAAGAUUAUGUUAACCUCAGGGAUCAUUUCCGUGAUGAGCAUUUCCUUUGCGAAGAAGACACGUGUAAAUAUGAACAGUAUACUUCAGUAUUUCGUUCUGAAAUUGAUUUACAAGCUCACAUUGCUUCGAAGCAUUCACAAAAGAUGACCAAAGCUCAAGUGAGGCAAGCGAGGCAGUUGGAAGUUGAUCUUGUGUUCAAUCGUCCAUCUAUGCAAGGAUGGACUGUAACUGGACAAGAUUAUAAUGAAGUUCAAGCUGGUGAGCAAAGGUUUAGACGUAACAGAGGAAAGGGACGUAAUACUAGUAACACCAGGCAAGAAGAUAAAAACGUACAGGCUGCCAUAGAGAAGUCUUUGGCGAAAACAGAAGAUAAUCCAUCUUCACAUCAGAAUAAGACAUCAGAAAAUCCUACCAAUGAAAGCAAGCAAGCUUUAAUACCUGAAGGCGAUUUUCCUUUACUAAAUGGAGAAAUUCCAGCUCCUCAGACCUCUCAAAAUAGCAGCCCCAAACCGUCUCCAAAUUCUACAAGAAAAACCGAAGCUUAUAUCAAGAAGGCAAAAGGCUUGAAUAAUCUGGAAGAUUUUCCAGUUCUCGAUGGAAAUACUUCAAAAGUACAACAGAAUGGAGUAGCCAAUAAUGUCCCAAAUACAAGGCAAUUUUCUCCCAAGUCUACGAGAAAGAUCGAAAAGCCCAACAAGAAGGCUAAAAGUUUGAACAACUUGGACGAUUUUCCAACACUUGAAAAAUCUUCCAAAGCCCAGAAGAAUGGAGCAAACGACGUUAAAACAAACAUCCAAAGUUCACCUAAGACUACACGAAAGCCAGAAGGUUCGAAGAAGAAGCCUUUGGACAACAAUGACGAUUUCCCGACCCUUGAAAAGUCUUCAAAACCCCAGCAGAAUACUGUAACAGUGAGUGAUCAAAGUAACGCCAAAGUUUCAAAGCCACCAAGAAAGGAUGGUUCCGCUGGUGAGAAGAAUAAAUCUUUGGGUAAUCUUGAAGAUUUUCCAAGUCUCGGAAAACCCACGACAUCCCAACCAAAUAAUAUUCCGCCGGGUUUCUCGCUUGCUGCAAAGGGACCCUUGGAAACUUCACAAAUAAGACCGCCUCCUGGCUUUAUGUCCAGUUUGUCCUCUCAGCCACAGCAAAUUACCAAUGGAAAUAACCCUCAAAAUAGCUUUCAAUUCAGCGAAAAAGUUGACGACAUUCAUUUGCCCAAGGAAAAACCGACUAACAACGAGAAAAAAGACAGCAAACCUGAUGCUAAAGACAAUCAGCUGAGAAACCAAAAUUUGAUAGGAAAUGUCAAGGUUUUGCUAAAUCACGAUGCGGAGAAGUUUGUCCAGUUUAAACAACUUUCUGGAAAAUUCCGUCAAGGGCAGUGCUCUGCGGAGGCUUAUUAUAACGACUGUACUGCACUUUUUGGACCGACUUUUGCAUUAAUAUUUCAUGAACUAGUGACCUUGCUUCCUGACCAUGAGAAACAAAAGGAACUCUUGAGCAUUUAUAACGAUGCAAAAGUCCUCGCUAAACAAAAUGGGGAACCGUUGCCAAAGAGUGGUGGAAAGAAGUUGAAUGCUCUUGAUAGUGCGUGGGGCUCUUUACAAAGUAGUUCAGCCCCAGUAAAGAAGGAAGGAAGCCAGAAAACCAGGAAUGAGAUGGAGUUCCCUUCAUUGCCUCCAGCCGCCCCAAGACAGAUAAAACCAGCACGAAUCUACAAACCAACGAAUAACUUAGCUCUGAAGAGUGCAUGGGUUAGAGGAAAAUAACCUACAAAAUCUCUAACUUUUUUAUAAUCUUUUUUAUUACUCCGUCAUGUUUUGUUGUAUCAAUGUUUGGGAAUAUAUCGGUAUAUACAGACUAUAUACAGUGUUUACUUUAUACAGCACACUCGAAUUGAUUGUACUGAUUAUCAAAUUUGUAAUCUAAUUAAACUGUGAAUUUGGCUAUUGACAUAGCCUGUCCGUUAUCACUGGAAGGCUGAACAGAACUAUAAAUAAAUAUACUGGUUUGUUUAGCGAA